AUGACUGCUCUGCUUGGCCCACCACCGGCCGAGUUUCUCGGGAGGAGCAAGGAGGCGGCCAAACACUGGGAAGACGAUGGUCAGUGGAAGGGACUUGCACCCUUGCCCGAUAUAAACUUUGAGCGUCUUGCGGGGACUCUUGAAGGAGAGGACAAGGAAGUGUUCAUCGACUUUGUGCAAGGCUUCCUAGCGUGGCUCCCCGAGGACAGACUGGACAUUCUGCAGGGUUGCAUGCAUUCGUGGCUACGAGGCGAAGCCCAGGCCCCCUCUGAUCAACAGUGA